UCGCCCGUAGCCGUGUUGUGAUGGAAGUACACAACGGCUAGCCCAUCCAUGCGCGGAAAUCUCCGCAUCAAUCCUAGUCCAUGUCAACUUCUGUCAAAUCAUCGAAUCAUUCCACCUCCAGCUCCGCAACCCUCGUAGGGCCACCACCACCACCUCCUCCCGCUCCUCCUCUCCCCACACACUCUCCGCCCAAAAUGUCAAAGUCACCGAAAGAUUCAACGCGCUUCACAGCAACUGGAGUAUGGGCGCACACACGGCCGGGCGCCCGAGCCACAACGCUGCAAUUCGCAGACCCAGCACCGAAAAACGAAACUCCUCAGCAGAAAGUCAAGAGAUUGCGGGAUGCGGCGAACAGGGCGAAGAUGGCACAGGUUACGAGGUGGGAUUAUAUGUACCUGUAUGGGAGGAUGGCUGCGGAUGCGGCGCAUAGGUUCACAGUCUACGGAUUGAUAUUUGCGACGGGCUGUGUUGGUGUCCUCGCUGUUUUCUCAAUAGGCGAUAUGAUCGUCUACAAUCGUCGGAAACGCGCCAUCUACUUUGCCGAAGAAGAACGGGCACAAGCCAAUAUUCUUGCUCUAGCCCGCUCCUCAGUCGCACAAGGAACCGCAACGCCAGCGCAGGCCGCUCUCGUCAUCGGUAUAGCUGAGGAGCAAGAAGCCAUGGAGAAGAAGAAGGCGGAGCGGAAGCUACCGUCAAGGCUGUUGUGGUGGAUGCACGGCGAUUGGAAGGAGGACAAGGAAAUCGAGGAGCAAAGACGAUUGGCGGUUGAGGAAGUCAAGAGACAGGAGUUACAGGGAGGGCAAGGGCUGGGUGUUUCGGCGGCAGUACAGGAAGCGAGGGCGAACAGCACACCUACGUUCACAUCGACAUCAACAUCGACACCAGUCGCCGGAGGUCCGCUUGAUAACGCUGCGCAAAAAGUCGCCCAGAAGGCAGAAGACACAGGCAAAGGUUGGUUUGGAUGGUUGUCGGGCGGAUCCAAGAAAGAGUAAGAGAGGGCCCUCCACAGAACAGAAGGCUCGUUGGCCUUCAUGUACAAUACAUUGUCCAGCUUGUACAUUGCUGUUCCACUUAUCUGUAUGCAUCACGGAGUUUUACGGCCUAUCUAGAAGGGAGUCGAUGAUUCCUGGGUAUCUAAACUUCGUGUUCAUAAUUGGGUAUCCAAUCAGCAUCUUGAAUUCUAAUGAAUAGCUCUCCUCGUUCUCUUUCCCCCUAUGCCACUUAUCUGUCCCCUUGCCCCGAGACCGGGAUGUACGUCCGCCGCUCUCUAACUUUCUCUCUCCAUCCCUCAACCCAUGGCCUAACCCCCG